AGUUUCUUUCAACGCAUAACAAAUAUGACUAUUUGAUUUUUUUUUAAAUUUCAAACUCUUCUUUUAAAAUAAUGCAAACACACCCGUCAUACUUUCAUUGCUGUGAAGUCAUUCUACCUUGCAUCCCCUAAUUGGACUAAUGUGGAAAAAUAAUGGAUGCUGUUUUUGUAUUUUUAUAGUUCCCAAAGUUUUAGCGGUUGUUUACGCAACCUGUUCCUCAUACCCUCAGGAGAAUGAGGAGGUUGUGACCAGAGCUAUCGAGCAGGCCAAUGUGAUGGCGCAGCAGGAAUGGCGGCUCGGAAAAAACGAGUUGAGCCAAGCCCUGAAUUGUUCUCCAGACCAUGCAGGAGGUCGUGAAAUGCAAAAAGAAAGCAACUGUUUCUUCAGGGUGGAGCCCUCUGAGCUGAGUAAUGGCUGCUUCCUGGCUAUUCUCAUCAGAGAUGUGAAAAUAAAGUCUUCUCAACCCGAGAGUGUGGCAAAAGAGGGAUCACAGGCUGUGCAGGCCAAGGUGUCUGCCAAUCGCAAAUCUGAGCGUGUCAAGUCCAACCAGCCAACCAGAAAGAAGCAACGUGGACAAGCUAUCAGACCAAUCAAAGUGACCUUUGUUAAAAAAACAGAGCACCAAGUUUCUGAAAAAAAGCGACACUUACCACAGGGAACUCCGCCCAAACCACGCUUAGAGACAUCACAGAACUCCAUUUCGGACUCUCACUGCACCUUAGAAAACUCCAACUCAGGCACCCCCAAUCCAAAAAAGAAUCCCAAAAUCCACAUCAUUACCCCAGCUUUCAACACUGUGACUUCCACAUCCAAACCGCGUCCGGUGCCUCCUCUUAUCACCCCGGCGAAAUUUGCAGUCCGUCUCCAGAAGGUCCAGCAAUUGGUGCUGAAACCCGCUGUUAUUGUCCUGCCUCCUCAGCAUCUUCCCCAGUCACCUCUUCCUCAACUCCCCAUGUGGAGGACCCCGGCACCGACGUUACCCUCCUCUCGAGCCUUGGGAAGUUUUCCCAAAGACACGCUGCUCAAACAUAAGAUGCGGUUUUAUGUGUAAUAUUAUAGUUUUCUUCUGAACGGUCAAACUCCAAUGGUGACUCUUAUGGCACAAUUUCUACAACUAUUAAUAUCUAUCGCAAAACCACUCGCAAAGUUUGGAAAACUCUAAGCACACACACUGCUUCGCACUGACUUGGCAAUUUUGUAACACACACUUUGAGUGGCCAAAACUCUUUUUGCAGACGACUCACUACUUGGACUCAAUUUUCAAACGAUCAACACAAUCCUUGCAAAGCGAGACACAUGUUGCUGCUGGUGCUAUUCUUUUUUUUUUUUUACGCUAUUCUGCAACCGGCUGGCCACACUUUCACAGGAGAAAACUAUUUUAGAUAAUUAGUUCACUUUGCAAUCAGCCUAUGCAGUAGAAAUAAGACACAGGUAAGAUGGGGGACAAAGAAGGGAAGGUAGAGUGC